AUCACAUCACUAGUCUUGUGUUUUUCUGCGUCAGUCAGUUUUAGUAUAUUAUUUUCUUGUAAAAAUGAAAACCCUUUACCUAUAAGAAAUUGUUAUAUGAAUGUAAUUAAUUGUAAUAAAAUACUUGCUGACUUUACUAUAAACUGUUGGUCUAUGGUUUUUGAUAGAUCCCAUGUUUACAAGUAAUAACUGUUUGUAAGUAGUAACUGAUAAGACAUGGAAGAGGAACAAUGUUUACACGAAUGUGAAAAUUAUAUCCAAAGUCAUAAUAUUCAAUUGUUGCUCAAGGACUGUAUAGUCCAAUUAUGUGUAAAUAAACCUGAAAACCCGGUUACUUUUCUACGACAGUAUUUUCAAAAGCUAGAAAGGGAACAGGUGAAAGCGGCGGCGGCAGCAGCAGCGUCGUCUGAGGGUGAAGCAGAUGGAGAACUGUCUCCAUUGCCAGUGCCUGGCGGACAGCCUCCUAGACGUCGAGGUGGUAUUAGUGCUGAACCUGUAACUGAGGAAGAUGCUACAAGUUAUGUGAAGAAGGUGGUGCCAAAAGAUUAUAAAACUAUGGGUGCUCUGUCAAGGGCAAUAGCAUCUAAUGUACUGUUUACACAUCUAGAUGAAUCAGAGAGAGCAGACAUGUUUGAUGCAAUGUUCCCUGUGCAAUGUCUCCCAGGUGAAACUGUAAUCAGACAGGGGGAUGAGGGUGACAACUUUUAUAUAAUUGAUUCUGGAGAAGUUGAAGUUUUAGUAAAUGGUGAACCAGUGACUACAAUAGGUGAGGGAGGGAGCUUUGGAGAGCUGGCACUAAUAUAUGGCACCCCAAGAGCAGCAACUGUGAGGGCCCGGUCACCUCUCAAGCUGUGGGGCCUUGAUAGGGAUUCCUACAGACGCAUUCUUAUGGGCUCUACAAUCAGAAAACGACGAAUGUACGACGAGUUUUUGUCAAGAGUUUCAAUUCUAGAGAGUCUAGAGAAAUGGGAACGUCUAACUGUUGCUGACGCCCUUGAACCUGUGUCCUUUAAUGAUGGAGAAACUAUCGUGCGCCAAGGAGAACCUGGCAAUGACUUUUAUAUAAUAGUAGAAGCAAAGGGGACUAACGGAGACGUGCGAGGUGACCAGGGCGGUCAUAGGACGUCGCACAGCUCGAUUACAUCAAGGCGCGUAAAGUUUAUUGGCCACCCAACCAAGGUUGUGCGGUGGUGCUGCAGCAGCGCAGCGGGUGCGGACAGACGGAGGGCCUGGGAGUGGAGGUGGGCCGGCUCGGGCCCUCCGACUACUUCGGCGAGAUCGCGCUGCUGCUGGACCGGCCGCGCGCCGCCACCGUGCGCGCCGCCGGCCCGCUCAAGUGCGUCAAGCUGGACCGCGCCAGGUUCGAGAGAGUAUUGGGGCUAUGCGCUGACAUAUUGAAACGUAACAUCGCGCAAUACAACAGUUUUGUGUCACUAUCCGUCUAACAUCAGUGUUCAUGCUAAACCAUUAGUCCAAUCAUUUAGACUGACGAUAUACUAUGAAUUUUAAUAUUGCGGGGUGAAGUCACAAAAUAAAGAGAGCAAAAAACUAUUA